AUGGCCUUGAGAACCAUAUCUUCGCAGCUUGCAGCGCAGCUAGACAAAGAGCUCAUGGGCCCCGAGGUCGGGUUCACCCUGGAGCAGCUCAUGGAGCUGGCAGGCCUGAGCGUCGCGCAGGCCGUGGUGAAAGAGUUCCCCUACUCGGAGACCCGGAAAUCGCAGGUCCUGGUGAUCGCAGGCCCCGGCAACAACGGCGGCGACGGGCUCGUGUGCGCGCGCCACCUGGCGCUCUCAGGAUUCCAGCCCGUGGUGUACUACCCGAAGCGCACGACCAAGACGCCGUUCUACGCACAGCUCGUGAACCAGCUCAAGUUCUUCAAGGUGCCCGUGCUGGGCGCCGGCGACAACUGGGCGCAGUACCUGGACCACACCAAGACGCUCUGCGUGGUAGAUGCGAUCUUCGGCUUCUCGUUCAAGCCCCCGGUCCGCGAGCCCUUCGGCUCCAUUCUGCAGCAGCUGCGCCAUGCCCAGCAAAACCUGCCCAUCGUCUCCGUUGACAUUCCCACGGGCUGGGACGUCGACGAGGGCCCCGCCGACUCCGACUGCAUCAUCCCGAGCGUGCUCGUCUCGCUGACGGUGCCCAAGCCUUGCGCGGCCAAGAUCGACACCUGCGAGACCCACCACUACGUAGGCGGCCGCUUCAUCCCCCGCGACUUUGCGCUCAAGUACGGCUUCGAACCUUUCCCCUACGAGAACCUCGACCAGGUCCUCAGGCUGCACUAG